AUGUCGGUGACAAGUUUAUCGGCGAAAUCUCGUAAACCCGAGGAUAUUGUGAUGGAAGGAUGGCUGUUCAAAAAGGGCGAGCACAUCAAAAAUUGGCGACAAAGAUAUUUGAUUCUGUUCAAUGAUGGCGCAUUGCUCGGUUUCCGAUCGAGACCGAAAGAGGGUCAGCCGUUUCCGGAGCCCCUCAACGAUUUCAUGAUCAAAGACGCGCAAACGAUAUGCUAUGAGAAGCCGAAACCGAAUAUGUUCAUGAUUCGAUGCCUUCAAUGGACGACGGUUAUCGAGCGAAUAUUCUAUGCCGAAUCUGCCGAGGCACGCGAGAAAUGGAUCAAAGCGAUCGACUCGAUUGCAACACGAUACAAGAAUGUGAUGCGAUCGAACGUUGACGAUAUGAUGGACACGAUGUCACUCAAUCAGCAACCGCAUGUCGAUGAGUCGGACUCGAACGCGGCGCAUGCCAUCAUGGGACAGCCGAGUGGCGUUGGCGGCGAAUCGCUGGGACCCGCCGACAUCAGAGCAUCGAUGAUCAGCAUCGCAGAUACCAGUGAAGCGGCGAGGCGCGACAAAAUCACAAUGGAGGAUUUCGAGUUCAUCAAGGUUCUUGGUAAAGGCACAUUUGGUAAGGUGAUUCUUUGCAAAGAGAAGAGGACAUCAAAGCUGUACGCGAUCAAAAUCCUCAAGAAGGAUGUAAUCAUUGCAAGGGAAGAGGUUGUGCACACGCUGACGGAGAAUCGCGUCCUUCAACGCUGCAAACAUCCGUUCCUGACGCAAUUAACAUACAGUUUCCAAACACCGUACCAUUUGUGUUUUGUGAUGGAGUUUGCCAAUGGCGGCGAGCUGUUCACGCACAUUCGAAAAUGUUCGACGUUCAGUGAGAAUCGCACGCGAUUCUACGGUGCCGAGAUUGUGCUCGCGCUCGGCUAUCUUCAUAGUUUAUCGAUUGUCUAUAGAGACAUGAAGGAGUUGACGUACUCGUUCCAAACGAGCGACCGCCUAUGCUUUGUGAUGGAAUUCGCGAUCGGCGGCGACCUCUACUAUCACCUGAAUCGCGAGGUUCAAAUGCACAAGGAGGGCUUCUCGGAGCCGCGCGCCCGAUUUUAUGGCAGCGAGAUUGUGUUGGCGCUCGGCUAUCUGCACUCGAACAGCAUUGUCUACCGCGAUCUCAAGCUUGAGAAUUUAUUAUUGGACAAGGACGGUCAUAUUAAAAUCGCCGAUUUUGGUCUUUGUAAAGAGGAGAUCAGUUUUGGCGAUAAAACGAACACGUUUUGUGGUACGCCGGAAUACUUGGCUCCCGAGGUUCUCGAGGAUAAUGACUAUGGCCGAUGCGUUGAUUGGUGGGGUGUCGGUGUCGUCAUGUACGAGAUGAUGUGCGGACGAUUGCCGUUCUACUCGAAGGACCACAAAAAGCUGUUUGAGUUGAUUAUGGCCGGCGAGUUGAGAUUCCCGAGCAAAUUGAGUAUGGAGGCGAAGCAGCUGCUCAGCGGUCUUCUCGUCAAAGAUCCAUAUCAGAGACUUGGCGGCGGACCCGAAGACGCUUUGGAGAUUUGUCGCGCUGACUUCUUCAAGUCGGUUGAUUGGGAGGCGUUGUACCGCAAGGAGAUCGAGCCGCCGUACAAGCCGAACGUGCAGUCCGACACCGACACGAGCUACUUCGACGCCGAGUUCACGUCGCAGCCGGUGCAGCUCACACCGCCGCCGGCUCGUCAGGGAGCAUUGCAGACGGUCGAGGAGCUCGAUGAGAUGCAGACGAACUUCACGCAGUUCUCAUUCCACAAUCAGUUGGGCAGCAGCAGUAUUCACGAGAACAGCGAAAUGAUGGAGACAUAG